UGAGGAAAGUAUGGACGACUCAUACCAGCAGCGCAACUACCAAUCGUUGCACUUCGCGAUAUUCAGUCUCAGUGUGCGGAUCGUCUUACCACUUGUCAUUUUCAUAUUCACUCGUUUUAUAAUCUUCAAAUAAUUAAUUAUUUAAUUUUUUUUCUUUGAAUAACUUUUAGCAACAAUUUUUAGUGUAAACACAUAAAAAACAAUGUCGGUUAUAUACAAAAAUACAAUGAAUUCGAUUGGCAAGUUUGUACCUCAGAAGUUUCAACCACUGUGGAAUCAUCCAGCUGGUCCGCAGACUAUAUUCUUCUGGGCACCAGCUUUUAAAUGGGGACUUGUAAUAGCUGGCCUCGGUGACCUGCAGAGGCCAGCAAGUCAAAUUUCCAUUAGCCAAUCAACUGCCUUAGGCAUUACUGGCUUAAUCUGGACCAGAUAUUCUUUAGCAAUCACUCCAAAAAACUGGAGUCUUUUUAGCGUAAAUCUUUUCGUCGCGCUAACAGCUUUGUAUCAAGUUAGUCGAGGAAUAAUGUAUCAAAGAGAACAAACAACGUUAAGUGCAACAGUAUCUACGAAAGAAAAAUAGCGUCUAUUUUCAAAUAAUAUACAUUCCCAGAUAUCCAAAUAUUAAAUGUAUAUAUUGAAAAUAUUGACAUUUUGAUAAUUUGAUGAUAUUUGUGGAAUGUAUUUAAUGUUAUGAAACAAA